AUUUUUUCUUCUCUCUCUCUCUCUCUCGUUCUCUCGACCCCUUCAAUACAGUCUCCUCCAAUUCAGUCUUCGUAGCCAUGAAAGCUCUCCUUCCUUAAACGCAGGCUUCCUUCUUCACGUGGGUCUGGGUUGGUUCUUCUUCUACCAUGGAGGUGGACGCAGUUCAAGUUAAUGACCUUGUGAAUGGCAUUGAGGAGCACACAGAUGAGCAAUCACUUUCGCCAGAAGGUUCUGAUGCUUCUGAUUCUUAUAUCGAUCAGGACAUAUUUCCUCGGGUGGGUGAACAGUACCAGGUUGAAAUCCCACCUUUAAUGUCACAAUCUGAUUAUCGCUGGUUACAAAAGAACGUAAAUGAUGUGGAGAGCACUGCAGCUACUCCCCAUGAUUUUUCAGUCGGGUUGGCUAUACCAAUAACUUGGAUUGAUAUGGGGGUAGGGAAUAAAAGGCACAAGCCACUGGAAGAUGCUUGCAAAUCAGGUGGAAUUGCUAAUAAAUUUGAGUUUUCAAAAGCAAAAUGCAACAAAAAGGGCCCUAAUUCUUCAGAUUCUAAUGAAUCAAAUUCUAAACAUGAGGACGUUGACAAUUUGUCGGUCAAUAGGACCAACAUGGAAGAAUCUACGAAUUUCAAUAUGCAGCAGGAAACAAUGAUUGAGGUGCAUGCGAAAAAUAAAGGCAAAGGCUUCUGUCUCGUUCCUGGGUCUUCAUGUGACACCUGGAAUGAAAAAGAAGAGGCCAGGUUCAUUCUCAGCUUGUAUAUAUUUGGGAAGAAUCUGGUUCAAGUGAAAAGAUUUAUGGGCAAUAAGAAGAUGAGGGACAUAUUGUCAUUCUAUUAUGGAAAAUUUUACAGGUCUGAGAAAUAUCGUAAGUGGUCAGAAUGUAGGAAAAUGAGAAGCAGAAAAUGCAUUUAUGGGCAGAAAAUUUUUACUGGAGCAAGGCAACAAGAACUGCUAUCUCGUCUACUACCCAAUUUAUCAGAGGAAUGCUGCAAACAUUUACUUGAGGUGUCGAAGACAUUUGCGGAGGGCAAAAUGCUUCUAGAAGACUAUGUUUUAACUUUGAAGGCUCUAGCGGGGCUUGAUGCUCUAGUUGAGGCUGUAGGGAUUGGUAAAGGAAAGGAAGAUCUCACAGUUUUCUCCACAGAUUCUUCAAAGUCCAAUCAUGCACUUUCUGGCCGGCCAGAAAUACCAGUGGGCAAGGCUUGCUCAAUGCUUACACCCGCUGAAAUAAUAACUUUUCUAACAGGUGAUUUCAGAUUAAGUAAAGCUCGAUCAAGUGAUCUCUUCUGGGAAGCUGUCUGGCCGCGUUUACUUGCCAGAGGCUGGCACUCUGAGCAACCUGGCGGUCAUAAUUAUGCUCUCCCAUGUAAGAAUUCUCUGGUCUUUCUUGUCCCUGGAGUCAAAAAGUAUACAAGGAAACUGGUGAAGGGAAAUCACUAUUUCGAUUCUGUUAGUGAUGUCCUAGGUAAAGUUGCUUCAGAUCCAGAGUUGAUAGAGCUUGAGUCAGUAACUGACAAUAAUUGCAAAAGUCUGGAAGGAAAUGGGUGGACAAAUGAAACAAAACUGGACUUAGAAAAUUCCACUGAUCAGCAACGCCACUGUUAUCUCAAGCCAAGAACUCCAAAUCGUAGCAUGGAUGUAUUGAAGUUUACUGUUGUGGACACAAGUCUGGCCAGUGAAAAGAUGUCAAAGGUGAGAGAACUGAGAAGCUUACCAGUGGGAGUUUUACCUUCUGCAUCUGAAAAUGAUUCUGACAGUGAAGAUACCUCGGAGGAGCAUACAAACGAAUCUGAAUCUGUCAAUACAAUGUGCUGUGAAAGGGAGAAUGCUGCUAUGGUUAAAUCUACCAAAGGUAAAAUUGGUAGGGAAGUCUCUACUGAGAUUAAUGACUUCAAAAAUAACCCCUCAAGUGAGGGGCUUCCGGUGGGUUCCACUACCUCCAAGGAGCGGAAGACAGGUUUGUUUAGCAACACACACAGAAAAAAUUCAAUGAAAUUCCAAUCAAGCUCAAGACAGGUUCUGGAUGACAAAAAUGUUAUUGCCCCUGUUACGAAAAGACGAAGGAGAUUAAGUGCCUGUAGCCGUGCAGAGAGAAAUUGCAAUGCUGCCAACAUCUUUGUGGCUGCAAGAGUGAAACAAGAAGAGGCAAGUAGCUGUUGUGACAGUUCAAAUUCUGACAAGAUUGUUUUCUCGGGAGAAAAUCCAAUAGUGGAGAAUAAAGAGAUCGCUAAUCCUCCGCCACAGGAGAUCAAGACUUUUGCCGAUCCUUCAUUAAACACGAGUCAAAUCAAUAGCGGGGAAGCUGUUCCUGCAAGUAGCUCUUCUUGCCAUGAUGAUCAACAUGAGAAACCCCGGAAGCGGACCAUGAUUGACCUUAACAUGCCUGUUUCAGCAGAAGCUGAAGCUGAUGAACUUUGCAAUGCCGAAACAAAUGAGAGACAACAUAAUAACUCCAGGGAGGACACAGAUGAUUCCUGUGCAGCCACGAUCUCCAUUGCUGAGGAUAACUCUGAGCAGCCUAACAUGAACACCCGAAGGCAGAGCACAAGAAACAGACCACUGACAGCAAAAGUGCUGGAAGCUUUUGCCUUUGGAUAUCUGGACAGAAAGGAGAAGCGCAAAGGUAGGGAUUAUCUACUGGACAGUCCAUCACCUAAACCUUCCCGACGUGUGCGUGGUAAAAAGUCAGGUGAGACUUCUAGUAGCAGUGGAGCAGAUUUCCAAAAGGAAGAAAGAACAAAUGUUAUGUGCAAUGGUAAUGGAGAUGUGAUUUUAACAGGCUUCAAGUCUAAUGAAGGGUGAAGGGGCUGGACACAGCAUGAGAAGAUCUCUGCAGUCUUUUGCCCGGGAAGAAUUGUAAUCACUUAUUCCCAAUAACGUCAUAGCACAUGACAUGAAAGGAGUCUUAUCAGACUUUAAUUUGGUACGGAACAU